AUGAAGGCCUACUUCUACGACAACCUCCCUGGCGACCAACGUCUCCCCCACGACUCCGGUCGGGAAGUGACCGUCUCGGAUCUCGAAAAGGUCGGCGUCCUGUACUUCCGGAUCCCCGAGCUGGAGGGCGUCAACGCGCUUGCCUCCGAGCGGGGGUACAAGAACCGGGACGAGAUCACCAUCUCGCCCGAGAAGAUGGGGGCCAUCUACGAGACCAAGGUCAAGCAGUUCUUCGACGAGCACCUGCACGAGGACGAGGAGAUCCGGUACAUCCGGGAUGGCGCGGGCUACUUUGACGUGCGCAACGAAGGGGACGAGUGGAUCCGCAUCAAGCUCGUCAAGGAUGAUCUGAUCAUCCUGCCCGCUGGCAUCUAUCACCGGUUUACUACUGAUGAUACUGAUUAUAUCCAGGCUAUGCGUCUGUUCAAGGAGGAGCCCCAAGUGGACGCCUCUCAACCGCACCGACGGGCUUGA